UAUCGAGGCAGGGCUCGUAAGUCGUAACUGAGUAUCGUUGUCGGCCAUAGAUAUAUCCAACUUGUUUUUCAAAUAGAGAGAGAAUAAGAACAAAGAAGAGAUCAUCAAUCGUUAUCAAAUAGUCAAAUCGACAACCAUGGCAAUGAGAUCCGUAGCUGCUGCUGCUUCUCGCUCAUCACUUCAUCGUGCGAUCGAUGAAGCUGCUGCUGCGCCCAGUGCUUCGCUUUUUUCUCGCUAUUUCUCGGAUGGCAAACGCAUUCUCAGCGAAGAGGAGCGCGCUAAAGAGACCGUCUACAUCCAGAAAAUGGAGAGGGAGAGGUUGGAGAAAUUGAAACAGAAGGCGGAGAAGGAGAAAGCCGGGAAAGAUAAAGAAGUUGAUGGCAAGAAAUCAGAGGCCGAUUCUCACUAAAGACAAGCAAAUUCAGAGUCUUGCAGUUUCUUCGAUAGCUUCCUGAGACGAACCCAAAUAAAUUUACAUUGUACUCAAGUGGAUCAGUGUGUUGAGUACAACCUUGUUCAUGAACUAAUUCGUUGUUGUUUUGGUUGUCUAUGGUAUGAGAUUAUGUUGUAUACAAUCUCGUUUGAUGAGAAAGAAGUUUGUUUUUGCAGUCAUGUUUGCCUGUUUUUAGUACUGCAUUGGUUACUUCUUGUUAUUCGUUGUAUAUCUAAGGUUUCAUUGCACCUAUUUGAAAAUUCACAAAUGACUCUAACAAGAUCGUAUAUAAAUGUGAUAAAGUUUGUUCUUA